AUGACUAUUGAUAAACAUCCUGAACAUGCGCCCUUCUCCUCGACCUCAACAAGAUCCACUAGUAUGCCAGACCGCGCUUGGAAUAUGGAUGAGUCCACCCGCAAUCGACUCCUCAAGAAGUACAAAACACAGGUGGCUUCCGCGACGUCGACCGUCUGCGCGACACUCUCGGUGACUCCUUUGGAGAAUGUCAAAACUCGGAUGCAGACACACAACUUCAAGAAUGUUUGGCAAUGUAUCCGCUACCUCUGGCGCACUGAAGGGCCCCGCGGCUACGUAGCUGGCGCUCUCCCGCCUCUGGCAAGUGUCACGGCAGUCCGGGUCGUCAACUUUACCACAUACAAUGCUUUCAAAGAAGUCAUCUCAGAAAAUGUUGAGCGUGCUACUGGGUUCAACCCCCUUGCCGAUUAUCAACGGGCUGGAAGCAUGCCCACCCUGUCUGGAGUGAUGACUUUCACUGCUGCAGGCAUGAUCGCUGGCUUAGUCUCCUCGCCUCUUGCUUGCCCCUUCGAAUUAGCGAAGAACGUUGUUCAGACCUCCGUCUUGGUAUCCAAUCGCGCAAUGGCUGCCCCAGAUGCUGCACGGGACCAUUCCCUCCGCCGCAAACCCCGUUUAGGCACCAUUGAGGCGAUCAACCAGAUCGUCAAGCGCCACGGGAUUCGGGGACUGUACACUGGUUUCCGCCUACAUGCAAUGCGUGAUACCCUGGGAACUGGUGUUUAUUUCAGCGUGUACGAAACUGCCAAGCAAGUGGCCGCGAAAGAGUUAGGCCAAGACAAGAAUCCCUUUGGGGCUCCUAUGAUUGCCGGUGCCAUCUGCAGCACUGUCCCUUGGUUCUGCACCUAUCCCCUCGACACCCGCAAGACUCGGGCACAGAGCGUGCUGCUUGGCAAGUCCAGCGAAAUCGGCCAGGCUUCACAAGCUGUCGCCAAAUCCAGCAUGUACAAGGGCUUGUCUAUCAUCCUCAUCCGCACCGGUGUCAACAAUAUGAUCCUGCUCAGCAUCUUUGAAUAUAUUAAGAUGCGCAUUGAUGAGCUGCCCAAUUAA